AUGUCUCUAUUUCAGAAUUCGACUUCCAAUGCCCUACCUCUGACUUCUCAUUUAGUGGGAGCUCCUAUGACAUCUACAUUUGUUGAAUACAAUUCUCAGUCUGAGAAUGAAGAAGGGAGUGAUGAAAAUGUUUGGUCUUCUUAUAAUUUUGAAAUUGGGGGUCUGCAAAAUAGAGCAAAUCCUCCCCAAAAUAGCACUGAUGUUGGAAGAAACUUGGAAGAUCACCCUUAUGGUGAGCAACCUGGCACACGUUAUUCCAUUAUGGAUGGGCAUCCUCCACAGUGCCCUGCACUUCCACCACAUUCUGCAAAUUAUAGAGUAUUCUCCCCACGACAUACACCUCACCCUCCACGGCAGCUGUCCCCACACCCCGUAGCCCACAGUCCUUCCCGGGAGUCUUCCGCAGCUCCUUGCUGCCUUCCCCGUGCUCCUCCCGCAGUCUACUCUCCUUGCGAGCUCCCUGUUGGUCCCCAUGCCUCCCCACCACGUGGGCCCUCUCUGCAGACUUCCCGCGACCCCCCAGCCGCUCCCUCUUCCUCUCCGCAGGCCCACUCCACGGGUUCACCGCCACCACAGACCUAUGCCGCUGACGGUGAUGGUCUCAUGGAAGACCAUUCACGUGGUCACUGCCCCCAGCAAAAUUCACAUGGUCGCGGGCUCAAUCCUGGUGCGACCUCCUCUGUGAACCCACAACAGUGUCAUCUCUCUCCUGUGCAGAACAAGAGGGAUUUUUCUGAUCGGCCUUCACAUAAUGUGGACAAAAAUCCACUGGAUUUCGAUUACCAUGUUAACAGGGACACUAACAGACUAAAAAACAAAGGGAGUGAUGUUAAUGUGAUUAAACAGGGAACACAAAAAUUGAACAACUCUACUACUGAAACAGAGAGUCAAUUGAGAAAAUCAACCAGACAGAGGCGACCUCCUGCGAAGUUCUCUGAUUAUGACUUACUGUUUUGUGAAGAGGUUGAACCUUCUUUGCUCAUCUCUGAUCAAACAGAGCCUGCAACAUACAAAGGGGCUUGUAAAAAUGCAGAUCCUGAUAACUAG